AGAAAGGAAAUACGUCUUCUACUUUCCAUCUCAAAUACGAAGAUUUGUUUUCCACAGCGGAUAUUCACCACGUCGUUGAUCAGUUACUUUUCAGCAGCGCGGUUUAGCCGUCGAAUUGUUCGUUCCGGACUCAGUUAUAAUCAGAAUUACCUUUCAAACUCGAGAUAUCAGUUGUAUUUGAGAAGCAAUAUGUCUUCGGAAGCAGCUGCCGCCGCCCCACCGGCUGAAGAGCCGAAGCAGAAGACCGCUAAAGAGCUCGAGAAGGAGCGCAAGAAGGCCGAGAAGAUGGCAAAGUUCUUGGAGAAGGAGAAGAAGAAACAAGCUGGCAAGGCUGCCGGAAAAACAGAGAAGGCUGAAAAGCCUGCUGCUAAGAAGGAGGAGCCCGUUGCUGAGUACGUCGAGCUCACCCCUGUUGGAGAGAAAAAGAUCCUCCAGGAUCUUGAUCACCCAGCUCUCAAGUCGUACAACCCCCAGAUUGUCGAGUCUAGAUGGUACGAGUGGUGGGAAAAGGAGGGAUUUUUCAAGCCUGAGUUCACUGAGGAUGGCAAGGUCAAACCCGAGGGUGUGUUCACUAUCCCGGCUCCUCCUCCCAAUAUCACUGGUGCACUCCACAUCGGACACGCUUUGACUGUUGCUAUCCAGGAUGCGCUCGUCAGAUGGGAGCGUAUGCGCGGCAAGACGGUUUUGUAUUUGCCGGGAUUCGAUCACGCCGGUAUUAGUACGCAGUCUGUGGUCGAGAAGAUGCUGUGGAAGAAGCACAAGAUCACUCGUCACGACCUCGGCCGUGAGGAGUUUGUCAACCGCGUUUGGGACUGGAAGAAUGAGUACUACGUGCGUAUCAAGAACCAGUCCAAGCGUCUUGGUGCGUCGUACGACUGGACCCGCGAGGCGUUUACUAUGGAUGAGAACUUGUCUGCCGCUGUGCGCAAGACGUUUAUCCAGCUUUUCGAGGAAGGUAUUAUCUACCGUGACAACCGACUUGUAAACUGGUGUGUGGCUAUGAACACCACGCUGUCCAAUCUCGAGGUCGAGAACAAGGAGGUCAAGGGAAGGACUCUGCUGGACGUUCCUGGCUACGACAAGCCUGUUGAGUUUGGUGUGAUUACUUCGUUUGCUUACCGCGUUGAGAACUCCGAUGAGAAGCUGAUUGUUGCUACUACUCGUCCGGAGACGAUCUUUGGUGAUACCGCGAUUGCGGUGCACCCCGACGAUGAGCGCUACAAGCACUUGCACGGCAAGUAUGUUGUGCAUCCGUUUGUCGAUCGCCGACUUCCUAUCGUUACCGACGCCGAGGCCGUUGACAUGACGUUUGGAACCGGAGCGGUGAAGAUCACGCCUGCGCACGACGCCAACGAUUAUGCUACCGGAAAGCGUCAUAAUCUUGAGUUUGUAAACAUCUUCACUGACGAUGGAUUGCUGAACGAUAACUGUGGCGAGUGGAAGGGAAUGAAGCGAUUUGACGCGCGUACUGCGGUGAUUGAGAAGUUGACCGAGGCCGGCCUGUUUGUUGAGAAGAAGGACAACGAGAUGGCUAUUCCUCUCUGUGUCAAGUCUGGAGAUGUUAUCGAGCCGGUUAUGAAGCCGCAGUGGUGGGUUAGACAGCGCGCGAUGGCGGAUGCGGUUGUGGAGGCUUUGAAGAAGGGAGAUAUGGUUUUGGAGCCGCGAGGAUUCGACGCCGAGUUUAGUUACUGGAUGGAGAACAUUCAGGAUUGGUGUAUCUCUCGUCAGCUGUGGUGGGGACACCGCGCGCCGGUUUACUUUGUCAAGAUCGAGGGAGAGGAGCAAGACCGGAUCGAGGACAAGUGGUGGGUUGCCGGAAACGACGAAGAAGAGGCGCGAGCAAAGGCUGCGGCCAAGUUCCCCGGAAAGGAGUUUACUCUUGAGUGGGACGAGGAUGUGCUUGACACGUGGUUCUCUGCCGGACUUUGGCCGUUCUCUACUUUGGGAUGGCCGAAUACGGAGAGCAAGGAUCUGAAGGACUUCUACCCGAUGUCGAUGCUCGAGACUGGCUGGGAUAUCAUGUUUUUCUGGGUCGCGAGAAUGGCGAUGCUGGGAAUCAAGUUGACUGGCUCGGUUCCGUUCCGGGAGAUUUACCUGCACUCGCUCAUUCGAGAUGCGCAGGGCCGGAAGAUGUCAAAGUCUCUCGGAAACGUUAUCGAUCCGUUGGAUGUGACGACUGGUCUUUCGCUGAAGGAUCUGCACGCCAAGUUGCGGGAAGGUAACCUUGACCAGCGAGAGAUUGAGAAGGCCGAGGCGGGCCAGAAGCAGGGUUUCCCGAACGGGAUCCCGCAGUGCGGCACGGACGCGAUGAGAUUCGCUUUGUGCGCGUACACUACUGGUAGCCGAGACAUCAACCUCAAUAUCUUGCGAGUCGAGGGAUACCGAAAGUUCUGCAACAAGAUCUACCAGGCGACGAAGUUUGCGCUGAUGCGACUUGGCGAGGGAUAUGUUCCUCCGGCGGAGAUCAAGAUUACGGGCCAGGAGUCGCUUGUUGAGAAGUGGAUUCUGCACAAGUUCAGCGAGGCGGCGAAGGAGACGAGCAACUCGUUUGAAAAGCGGGAUUUCUUGGGUGCGACGACGGCGGUGUACAACUUUUGGCUGUACGAGCUGUGCGAUGUGUACAUUGAGAACUCAAAGUCGCUUAUUCUUGAGGGAACCGCGGAGGAGCAGCUGAGUGCCCGGAAUACUCUGUACACGUGCUUGGAUGGAGCGCUAAAGCUUAUCCAUCCGUUCAUGCCGUUUUUGACGGAGGAGCUGUGGCAGCGAAUUCCGCGUCGCGAGGGCGACAAGACGGUUACGAUCACGAAGGCCAAGUACCCGACGUACAUGGCCGAGCUGGACGAUGCCAAGUCCGCGGCGGUGUAUGACUUGAUUUUCGAGGUUGUGAAGAGUGCGCGGUCGCUGCUUACGCAGUACGGUAUCUUGAAGGGCGGCAAGAUUUACGUGCAGGUGGCCAAGGCGGAGGACAAGGCGUCGAUUGAGGCGCAGAUCGGAAGUAUCUCUUCGCUGAUCAAGUCGUAUGACUCGUUGACGGUUCUGAUGACGGACGAGAGUUUCCCGGAGGGUACCGGGUUGUCUACGGUUUCGAAGGACGUGACGGUCGGAGUUUUGCUCAAGGGCCAGGUUGAUGCGGACGCGGAGAUCAAGAAGGCGGAGGGCAAGCUGAAGAAGGUUGUUGCGAGCAAGGUUUCGCUGGAGAAGACGAUGUCGAACAAGGACUAUGAGACCAAGGCGAAGCCGGACGCGAAGGAGGCGAACCGGACUAAGCUCGAGACGCUCGACGCGGAGAUUGAUAGUUUGAAGGCGAUGAUUGUUGAUUUUGAGAAGUUGCGCGUGUAGAUAACUAUUUGAGAAUGUUGUUUAGAACUAGUUU